GUUGGUAGUGAUUUGAUGAGUGAGAAAGUACCACCAAAAACACACACACACACACACACAGAGGUUUUCGAGCUCAGCCUUUCAGUCAACCCAGCCCCCACCCCCACCUCACUGGAUCUUUAACCACCGCCGGAAAAACCCUUUUUCCGGCGAUCUCCACCGACCUCAAAGAUCACACCUUUUUCAAAUUUUAUUCACUUCCCAUUGCUUUAUUCUUCAAAUCUUUCAACAUAGUGUAGUACUACUAAAAAAGAUAGUUUCUUUGAUUUUGUAAUCAAUCAGUUUAAAAAGGUAUGACUUUAUGAAUAUUUGCAUUGCCAUUUUUAUACCAUUUUAUUUAUUUUUGUCUAUAGUUAUAAAUAAAUUUAUAAAAAUGUCAAUGCAUAUAAAGUAGUAUAUAUACAUAUAUAUAUAUUGUUAUGGGGCAGAACAAUUAUCAUAUUGUGUUAUUAUUGUUGCUAUGUUUGUUGUUUGGAGAAACAUUUGAACAACAACAACCACAACAACCAAAAGUUGUUGUGUCAAGAUUUAGGGAAGAAAGGGCAGCUUUAUUACAACUUAGAUCCUCUUUAGGUAUAAGAUCAAAACAAUGGCCAAUUAAAUUGAACCCGUGUUUGAAUUGGGUCGGGAUUUUAUGUCGAAAUGGUAGUGUUAUUGGGAUUAAUAUUUCAGGGUUUAAGAGAACUAGAGUUGGUAGAAGGAACCCACAAUUUGCAGUCGAUUCUCUUGUGAAUUUAACCAAUUUGGUUUCGUUUAAUGCUUCGAGAUUUAGACUUCCUGGUUCGAUUCCUAAUGAGUUAGGGGAAAAUCUUCAAACCCUUCAAGUUCUUGAUCUUAGGUCUUGUGAUAUUUCGGGUGCUAUUCCUUUUAGUGUUGGAAAUUUUUCUAGUCUUAAUGAGUUGUAUUUGUCGGAUAAUGCUCUCACGGGUACCAUUCCUUCUAGUUUGAGCCAGUUGUCUCGUCUUUCGGUUCUCGAUUUGUCUAGAAACACACUCACUGGAUUAAUCCCUUCGUCGUUUGGAUCUUUGGUUAAUCUUACUUUGCUUGACAUGUCAUUGAAUUACUUAUCUGGCGUCAUUCCUGAGUCGUUUGGGAACUUUCUAAAUCUUCAGUUUUUGAAUCUUUCUGGUAACAGUCUGUCAUCUUCAAUACCUACUCAAUUGGGUAACAUUAGUAGUUUGGUUGUUCUUGAUCUGGGGUUCAAUACGUUUUCUGGGACGCUGCCAUUAGAAUUUGGGAGAUUAAGGAGUUUGCAAAGGUUGAUAGUUGGGAAAAAUAUGCUUACGGGUAAUUUAUCUGGUAAUUUGUUUUCUUCACAAAGUGGGUUGCAAAGUUUGGUUUUGGAUCAUAAUAACUUCACUGGUAAUAUACCUGAUGCGUUAUGGUCACUUCCUAAUCUGACCUUUCUAGAUGCAUCUGGUAAUAAUUUCACGGGUCUGUUACCGAAUAUUGAUUUGAACGGUAACGUCACAUUGAAAGUUUUCAAUCUCUCACAUAAUAUGUUUUAUGGAAAUGUUACAACUGUUUUGAGGAAGUUUAGCUCGGUGGACUUGUCGUAUAAUUACUUGCAAGGCACGGUUCCGGGUUAUGCACGUGGGGUUGCAUCCUUAAAUAGUAACUGCUUACGAAACUCCACAGGUCAGAGAAGUGUGAGGGAAUGUGCAGCAUUUUAUUCUUUAUUGGGUUUACCGUUUGAUGAUUUUCCAAAUGGCGCUUUGCCGCCUUCUCGAAACGGUCAUAAAAGCAACAAAAAGUGGAUUAUAUUGGCGGCCGUGGUGGGCGGGGUUGGACUUAUUAUACUUCUUGCACUUAUUGUGAUACUAGUGGUUGUAUGCUGCCGAAAAAGGCAUACAACUAGUCAAAGAGGGACCGGGGUGGGACCCGCUCCAGCCACUGGUGCUCCACCGCAACCAGGAGUGGGGUUGGAUCUAUCUAAUUUAGGAGACUCAUUCACUUAUCAGCAGAUUCUUGCAGCCACUAGUGACUUUAGUGAUGCAAAUCUGGUAAAGAAUGGUCAUUCGGGUGACCUUUUUAGGGGUGUUAUAGAUGGUGGCAUACCUGUAAUUAUUAAGAGAUUCAAUGUGGGGUCGGGGGUGAAGGAUAGUUUUAUGGUGGAAUUAGAUUUAUUUAGCAAGGUAUCUCAUCCUCGAUUGGUGCCUCUUUUGGGACAUUGUUUGGAGAAUGAGAAUGAAAAGUUUCUUGUUUACAAAUACAUGCCAAAUGGAGAUUUGAGUAGUUCUUUGUAUAGGAAAAAUGAACAUGAAGAUGACAGUUUACAGUCGUUGGAUUGGAUAACCAGAUUAAAAAUCGCAUUAGGAGCUGCUGAUGGGCUUUCUUAUCUGCAUCAUGAAUGCAGUCCGCCCCUCGUUCACAGAGAUGUUCAAGCAAGCAGUAUACUUCUUGAUGACAAAUAUGAAGUGCGGUUAGGAAGCCUAAGUGAAGUUUGUUUUCAAGAAGGGGACAGUCAUUCAAACCGGUUUACCAGAUUGCUCAGAUUACCGCAGACUUCUGAACAAGGUGCUUCUGGUGUAGCUACUGCGACAUGUGCCUAUGAUGUCUACUGCUUUGGGAAGGUAUUACUUGAGCUUGUAACAGGCAAAAUGGGAAUCAGUGCAUCGAAUGAUUCAAGCACAAAAGAAUUAUUAGAAGGAAUCCUUCCGUAUAUCAACAUAUAUGAUAAAGAACUCGUAACAAACAUUGUAGACCCAUCUUUAAUCAUUGACGAGGAUUUAUUAGAAGAAGUAUGGGCAAUGGCUGUUGUAGCUAGAUCUUGCCUCAACCCGAAACCUGCAAGACGACCCCUUAUGAGAUAUAUUCUUAAAGCGUUGGAAAACCCAUUGAAAGUAGUGAGAGAAGAAAGUGGAAGCUCAGCAAGGCUACGGACGCCUUCUUCAAGGGGUUCUUGGAAUGCUGCAUUGUUUAGUAGCUGGCGGCAGAGUUCAACUGACAUGGCGGCUGGAGGGGCGGGACCAAGUAGCCUUAAGAGGUCAGGGACGAGCGGAUCACAGUCAGGGAGUGGUCAUAAUGGUGGAGGAGAUCAUUCUUCUUCAAAUAGGAGGCAAUCAAAAGAUGUAUUCCCUGAACCUUUGGACGUGCAAGAUGAGGAUAGAUCGAACAAUGAGCAUUGAUAGACAGAUUGAUUCUUUGUUAAUAACCCCACCCACCCCGUUAGUUUCAUGUACAAUCGAUGCAGGUAAAGUUGAAGUUAUUGAUGAUGAUAGAUAAAAGAGAUUUGUUUUUCUUGAUAGAGGGACAUAAAUUGCAUGUGGGUGUUGAUAUACAGGGAUAGAAAGUGCGGGUUUUAAGCCGCAAAGUUAACCUUUUUUUGGAAUUUUUUUUCUUUUUCCCCGUUUCUUGGGCUUGUUCUAUUGUUCAUGGUUAAAAGCAAGCAAUUUUUUCGUUGUAAUUGGUGGGUGCUCUUGUCGAAUUGUAAAUUGUAAUGGAUUUUGUUUUGAUCCGCUUCUGGUGAGAAACAGAGGUUUAGAUGAUUAUUCAGUUCUUUUAUUCCUUUUAAGGACCA